AUUCACGAUACACAGCGCAUCAAAGGGAGGGAGCAAAAAUAAAAAAAAAAGAGGCAGCGAAGGGGAAAACAUCUCUCGUCUCCGUCAAACAAAAACCCUACCGUUCACAGAAUUCGCAAUGAAAGGCGGUCAGUCAAAAGCUGAAGCCAAGAGCACUGAUAAGAGGCUGAAAACUCGUGGUAGAAAGGCUGGAAAGAAGGUGAAGGAUCCUAACAAGCCAAAGAGGCCCCCUAGUGCUUUCUUCGUCUUCCUGGAGGAGUUCCGACCGGAGUUCAACAAAGCAAACCCUAAGAUCAAGUCCGUCGCUGCUGUUGGUAAGGCUGCUGGAGAUAAAUGGAAAUCCAUGUCAGAGGAAGACAAAGCUCCUUAUGUCUCCAAGGCGGAGAGCAGAAAGAGUGAAUAUGUGAAGAAUAUGGAACAGUACAACAAGAAACUGGCCGAAGGAGCCAACACAGCAGAUGAUGACUCUGACAAGUCCAAGUCUGAAGUCAACGAUGAGGAAGGAGGAAGCGAAGAGGAGGAAGACGAUGAUUAGGUGUUGCUACAGAUAAACUCAAGGUGAAGAUGGAUGGGCAAUUUGUGUAAAGUUGCUUAGUGUUGAUUAAAAAAACAGACAUGAAAACGGUUAUGCGUUUUCUUAGGAUAUGAAGCUUAUCUGGUGUUACUAUGGAUAUGGAUUUAG